AUGACUUCGGAUAGGUGUUUAAAAGGGACAUUCUGGAAUCGUUCUCGGUACAAAUGUGAGCCAUGUGAGACUAAAUAUGGAAUCAAAAAAGGUUACGAAUUUACUGAAAACUGUGGGUGGUCCGACGAACAACAACAGAUCAAGUCACCUUACAAACCAUGCAGAUAUGGGACAUUUAAUGAUGGAUCUCAAGUCAAAUGCCAAAAUUGUCAUUCUUGCCCAACUCCACUUUUUCCAGCGUCUGAAUGCAGCACAACAUCGGAUGCAAUCUGCUGUAGACAAGGGGAGCAGGUUUUUGAUGGAAAAUGCAUCCCUCAACUGCCACAGACCACAAAGAUAACAACUGCAAGUACGCCUGUCUUCACAUCUAGCUCUGUAUCCAGCUCAAGCCAUUCUCAGAGCACUCAAAAUGUCUUUAGAGAGCCCUCUGCAGUCACUGAAAACUUUACAGGGAUCUAUGUAUGUUUUGGGAUUUUAUCAACUCUCAUUCUGGUGUGUAUCUUCCUUUUCAUCAAGAGGUCUAAGCCUUUCAAUGAAGAAUUUAAAAAAUGCUGUAAUGGAGCUAGUCAUAAAAGCCUGUCCAAAAAGAGCAUUGGCAGAUAUGAGGAGGCCAUCUCUUACAACAUAAUCAAAGAGAGUAGUAACAAUGAUCACGUAACUGGAUUGUCGCAUCUGUUAGCACCUGAGGUCCAGGAUGCACCUCUCAAAACCGUGCUGAACAACCUGGAUGUUCUUGAGGAGCUUGUGUUGGUAUUAGACCCAGACAUCUGUGGUGCCAAGAACACACGUCACCUUGCCGCCCAUUGCUCCUUUUCCUUUGCCUGGAUCAAUUAUGCAUAUUCCAUGAAGGACCACAAAAGCCCCCUCGUCGCCGUUUUGGAGGGUGUCGUCACCAAAAACCCAGACUGGACCGUCAGCCACCUCGCUGAGCUGCUAACUUCCAUCGGUCGCAAUGAUGCAGUGGAGAUUUUAGCGAAGCUUCCUGCAGGUGUUUAAGAAAAAUUCAUGUGAUAUUUUAAGUACACAAAACGUACUCCGUUACUUAACGUAACCUCGGUUCCCUGAGAUAGAGGAAUGAUUUCUGAGUCUUGCGAGACGCAUAUGGAAAAAGCGUUUUUUAUACUGAGCUGAAGCCUUUUUCAUUCAUGCAGUAAAACUGCAUGGCCAGUGGUUCAUGCAGUUUAUUAAAAAAAAAACUAACCCAUGGCUAGGGAGCGGAGCUACCCUUGCCGAGGAUUGCUUAAGUCUGAUCAUUCAACCCGCAAGCUCGUCGUUGUUUUCCUCCAAGGUAAAUAGGAGAGAAACCGGAUCGUGGGAAGGCCGCCUUCAGCGAACGAACAGGGGUAGACUGCUUUCCUGGUAAAAAAAGCAGGCCGCCUGUGAGCGCAGUCAUAGUGAGACACAAAUUUGAAGCUGCCAAUGGCAGCAUCUGCUCCGAUCUACUUCAGAGGAUAGAGCCGCUUGAUGUAAAGAGGGGCAUUGAUCUUUACAUGCGAGACACGGAUUGAAGCAUAGUGGGAAGAGCAGGUACGCAGGCUCUGUAUCGGUGUGAGAUCACUUAGACCCGGUUGCUUAGUUUCCAAACUUCACCGUUUCUCUCUCCGAGGCUUGCUGAGAGAGGAGAGACGUAAGAGUGGGGCUGUUCAGUGAAAGUCGGUCCGCAAGAGGAGAAGAGCGACACUCAUGCUUGCGUAAGUGCAUAACUCACUGUCUUUCUGCAGCUGAGUGCAAUGGAGAGAGGUCUUGAUUCGAGCUGCGAAGGUGUAUUCAUUGGCAAGCGGCAUCGGAUCAGCGUGUAGUCGUCGCUUAAUGAGAAGAAAUCUAAGAAUCCUGUGGCGAACACCAGCUUAUAUAGCCAGAACGCCCCACCCAUUCUGCCAGGUUUUUUAAUACACUACACGAACCACUGGCCGUGCAGUUUCAAUGUUAAAUGAAAAAGGCUUCUGUUCAGGAGAAAAAAGUAUUUUUUCCCAUAUGCGUCUAGCAAGACACAGCAUGAGUAUAGUAUUGAAAGGGAAAAGUAAUUCACAUAUUAUACUGUAUUAUUCAACAUAACCUCAUAACUAUUUUACAUGUGGACAUUUUUGAAUUUGAAUUUUCAUAGGAAUCAAAUG